GCAAUGAGGUUACAUGUAAGAAUUGUCAGCUUGCUGGCCACCGUGGUCAUACACACAAAUUUAUCCAUGAGGUGGCAGAGGAAAUAAGGAAUAUGAUAAAUGAGCUUUUAUCUGAAGUAAGCUCUAAACGAGUUCAAAUCACAAAGGCCAUGAAGAUGAUUAAUGAUCACCAGUCUGAUUUUCUAGUAAAGAAGAUGGCACUGGUGAAUGAAAUUAAAUUCAUGUUUAUGAAGUUGGCUGACGCAAUCAUUACCAGACGAAAGCAGCUGAUUCUCCAACUCAGUGAAGUCUGUUCUGCCCAACAGAGGACACUGAGUGUGAAGAAAUUUGAUUUGGCACAGCUAUCCAGUCUCAGUGAUGAUUAUAUUGAUUUUGUUAUCAAAGUGAACAAGGGCAGUGACUUGGAUGUAGUCAACAGGAAAGGGUAUGUUGCAGAUCGACUUCAGAAGAUCAAGACUGUAAGAGCUGAUAUUUCAGAUGCUGAAGUACCAGUCAAUAUUUCAGUAUCUAUGAACCAAGUGAAUGAUCUGAUUGAAGUUGUGUCAAAUAUUGGUGGUAUUGUAGUCGAUGGCCAUGUAUACACGUCUCCAGGUGUUGCCAUAGGCUCAGGUCACCAACUACAACAGCAGCAGCAACAACAACAACCACCACAGCAGCAGCAGCAGCAGCAGCAACAGGCAAGAAUAUCACCUCAUGCUGUAAUGUUCACCAACCCUAGCAUGAGGCCUGGCCUACAUGCCGGGGUACAAAGCCCUAAGAUAACUCUUAAACAAGUACCAGAGCAACAGCAACAGUCAGUACAGAGGGCAGCACCAGCUCCUGCUCCUUCAAUCAGCAUGGCUGGAGAUGCUUUAAUUAAAGUGCCUGGUGGGCAUGUGACCUCAUCUGUACCCAAAACUCCAAGUCGAAGCCAAGCGAGAGUUGAGGACCCAGGAAUGAGUCUUGUGGCAACCAUAGCGAAGUUGGAUCGUAAUGAAAUUGAAGUAGUUCCAGAAGGCGAGAAAACCUUGGGGGCUGGUGAUUCACCUUUGGUGGACAGUUCAACAGGGCUUGAUGAGAGACCUGGUCCGUCCCACUUGUCUGUGCCACAUCCAGGUUCAAUGCUUAUAGAUGAACAUGCCAAGAAUGGAGGGGAGACACAGAAAGAUGAUCCCAAUGAGGACUGGUGUGCAGUUUGCAUGGAUGGGGGAAAGGUGGUAUGCUGUGACAAGUGUCCAAAAUCGUUUCAUACAUACUGCCACAUCCCAAAACUCAAAGCCAUUCCAGAGGAAAGUGAAAUGUGGCAGUGUCUGCUGUGUACCAGUCUUAAGGAAAUAAAUGAUGCUCCUCCCAGCCCAGCGGCAUAACAGAGGGGUCGAGGUUUGAAAAGCUGUGACCAGAAGUUGGCAGAGAAAAUUGUCCUAGAAUUAUACUGCCAAUAUGAACCAAAUCUGCACUUCAGGGAGACCGUAGGACCCGAGGUAGUGUCUGAAUUGUAUGAUUAACUAAUUAACUCCCUUAAUCUUCAAAUCAUGUGUUACUUAUAAUUAUGUUCUGCCAUCAUUGCUGAUGUUGAUCUCAUAUUAUGCCCAUGUAUUUAGUUUUGUCUGCAUUUAGUUUUAGGCUUAUUUAUUUGCUAGCCUGUAAGAGAGUGGUCUGAAUUCUAUUGUGCACUUUAUUCUACUUUGCUUUACUAAAUAAUACUUAGUUUUUCUUUUUGUGAAGGGGCUGAAGCAUGAAUAUCACUGUUCUUAUAUAUACUAUAUACUGGCAUAAUUGAUAUACCCUUAU